GCCGCCGAUUUCUCCUUAGUGGCGUGGUCUUUUGUCGCCAAUUUUCCUUUUUCGUUUGCACAUUAUUUUUUCAGUUCCAUUAAAUCUGUCAAAAUGGGCAAGAAGGAGGAAGAGGAGAUUAUCAGAAUCGCGAAGAAGAUGGAUAAAAUGGCGCAGAAGAAAAACGGGGCUGGGGCUUUGGAUUUGUUAAAAGAGUUGCGCAAUGUUCCUAUGACGCUGGAGCUUCUUCAGUCCACCAGAAUUGGAAUGUCAGUCAACGCUAUCCGCAAGCAAAGCGCAGACGAGGAGGUGACAUCUUUAGCCAAAUCAUUGAUCAAAUCAUGGAAAAAGCUUUUGGAUGAGCCCGGAGGUGCAGAGAAAGCUUCAGAGGAGAAGAGGAAAGACCAAACAACGCCUGUUGUCUCCCCCUCACAAGGAAGYCCCGAGGCAAAAGAAGAGAGCAGCUCCAGCAGUAAUUCCAGCAGCAAAAGCGAAUCGUCUGAAGUCGCUCCCAACACAUUAAACACCAGUUUUCCUCGUGCCCCGAUCACCUCUGACUCCAUCAGGCUCAAGUGCAGAGAGAUGCUGACCAGUGCUCUGCAGACCGGAGAUGAUCAUAUUGCUAUUGGUGCUGACUGUGAGGAGCUCGGAGCACAGAUUGAGGAAUUUAUCUUCCAAGAGUUUAAGAACACAGACAUGAAAUACAAGAACCGCGUGCGGAGCCGGAUCUCGAACCUGAAGGAUGUGAAAAACCCUAAUUUAAGGAAGACUGUUCUAUGUGGCAGUGUCACUCCAGAGCGGAUGGCCAAGAUGACAGCAGAGGAAAUGGCCAGUGAYGAGCUGAAGGAAAUGAGGAAGAAUUUGACCAAAGAAGCUGUCAGGGACCACCAGAUGGCCACCACCGGGGGCACUCAGACUGAUCUGUUCACCUGUGGCAAAUGCAAGGGGAAGAACUGCACUUACACACAGGUUCAAACUCGUAGUGCUGAUGAGCCGAUGACCACGUUCGUUUUCUGCCAACAGUGUGGAAAUAGAUGGAAGUUCUGCUGAAUCUGCUGGCGCCAUCCACAGCACUCUGACAAGUAGCAAAAUUCCUGGACCAGGUUGUGUCCGUCUGUAACAGACUGGAGCUUUGUUUUCUGUGGUACAUCGUACUGGACAUCCCAAACAAAGACACCACUGCAGUUACUUUUUAAAAAAAUACCUUGUUCAUAGAUGGAGCUUGUUGUCACUAGCCCUAAUGGCCUCUGUUAAGAUCUUUUACUAUUGUUAUUAGUUGUUUCUCACUGUCAGAUAUAUCCCCCCGAAUCUUGUCUCAUUAUCUUUUAUCUACGUUUUUAUAUGUAGUUUUACGACUUUGGAUUAUGUUUUUGCUUUCCCGGCACAGCUUUGCAUUGUUUUAUUUAAUUUCCCAAUAAAAUGUAAUCCAUUUGAUUAAAAGAGGAGUACGUUUAAUUAUUCGUCUUUUAUGAUGCGCCUUCACUCUCCCCGCUUGUGUAAAUCUUUAACAUUGUGUUAAUGCCUGUAAGGAUCUGAGGGGGGACCAACGUUUUGUGUGAGUGCGUGGGAGGACACUUCAGUAAUUGGUGGAAUAUUCAUCACAUCAAAGUGAAUGCUGAUGUAUGCAUAUUAAUCUGUCUACAGACACGAUAAUGUCAUUGGCUGGAUCAGGGAAGCUGCACGAUUGUUCCCCCUCCUCGCUUUUAUAAUAGCCAGGUGCAGCCACUCUGUGCUGAUGAGCCGCUGUGCCGCUUCUCUGCAACCCAAACCGAACCCAGACCAGUCGCACGGGAAUAAGGGCGCUCAUUUGUCGGGUCAUGACUGAGGAAAGCCCAGUGAGCAGAAACACCAUCGAAGAGUUUCAGUCUGACCCAGGUUCAGACUUUAGUGGUCAGCUCAUGUUUUUAUUUCCUGCACCACUGAUGUUAGGCUGGUCAAUUCUAGCAUCACCUUUUCCUGUCAGAUACUCUUCAAACAACAUUCACAGUUUAAGGACUAAAAAGCUGCUCACAGCUGGUUYACAUUAGCUGGGUUUUGUAUACUAUAUGAGGUGUUUGGGAUAACUUGUCUUUUUUUUUACCUGCAUGUAAAUGUGCUGAUAAUGUUUAUUAGAAAUGCCAGGUCUGUGUUACUCUUGGGAGUUUCCGAUAAUGAUGGUUGAAUAAACUUUACAAUGUAUUUUCAAUAA